AUGGUGCUCUCAUCAUCCACACCAUCAAUACCGACUCGACCCGAUCCCGACGCCCUACGCAGCAUCCAUCCCGACGAACGCGCCCGUCUCCUACGCCGCAAGAUCAUCUCGCUCGCCGGCUCCGUCUGCGUCGCCCUCUCCGCCGGCUCCAACUACGCCUUCAGCUCCUUCGCUCCCCAACUGCAAGAGUCCCUCCACCUAACUUCGACGCAGAUCAACCUCAUUGGUAUCGCUGGCAAUGCGGGCGUCUACCUCUCGUCUCCGCUCUGGGGACGCUACAUCGACAAGCGUGGACCGCACACCGCCUUGAUCAUCGCAGCCGUGCUGGUUCCCAUCGGAUACGCGGGGCUGUCGCUGUCGUACACGGGAGACUGGUCGCUGCACUCGACGGGGCUGCUGUUCUGUCUGAACCUGCUCACCGGGUUGGGUAACAGCGGUGGGUUCACGGCGGCGAUGAAUGCGCAGGCCAAAUCGUGGGGUGGGAGUCGGAGGGGGACGGCCACCGCGUUGGUGCUGUCAGGGUUCGGGUUGAGUGCGUUCUUCUACUCGACGCUGUCGCAUCUGUUGUUCCCGGGCAACACGGGAGACUACCUGCUGCUGUUGGCGUUCGGCAGUAUGACGAGCAUGUUGAUCGGAUUGGGUCUGAUCAAGAUCAUUCCACCGAUCGAGGAGGACGGCGAUCGUGGCAAUCCGGGCCGUACUGGAGAAGGGUACGUGCGCCGCCGAACAUCCUCGGAAAUCGGUGCUCAAGCAAGCCUCUGGCAUCGACCGCAGGUGGUGUCUGGCGAUGCGAACGAUGACGAAGCUGACGAGCCACACAUCGCACCACGGUCAGUCGCUGCAAGUUCCAGUAACGGCACGAAUGCGAACGACGAGGAAGCUGUCGCAGCCGAUGAAAUGGAUCCCGAAUCGCAGGGACUUCUCACCGGAAGGGACGAAUCGAAACGCGACCCGAAACGCGACAUCGACCCUUCGCAGAUCAACAUCUCCGGCCGAAAGCUGUUCGAACAGGUCGACUUCUACCUAAUCUUCCUCGUCAUGACCCUCGUCUCCGGCGCCGGUCUGCUGCUCAUCAACAACGUCGGAACCAUCACAAAGACGCUGUGGGACUACAAUCACCGAGACAACCCUGUGCUCGUCGCCGCCGACAACAGCGAUCUCCUCUCCCGAUCCCCUGCGAACAACGGCACGGUCGCAGCAACCGCAUUCGAAUCGUUCAAACUCAGUGCCAAAUCCAGCGUCCAGCAGCUGCAGGCGAAGCAAGUCUCGGUCAUUUCGCUGUGCAACUUUAGCGGGCGAAUCAUCAUCGGACUUCUGUCCGACUGGCUCGUCAACAAGACCGGGUCUGCUGCCAACCGGGUGUGGAUGUUGAUCGUGGUGACGACGCUGGCAUUCGCGAGUCAGGUGGUCGCCGCUUCCCCCGGGCUGAUCUCUACGGUGGACGACCUGUUCGCCGUAUCCGCGCUCACCGGUCUCGCGUACGGGACGCUGUUCGGCGUCUGCCCCACGCUCGUCUUCGAGUGGUUCGGCAUGCAGCAUUUCAGUCAGAACUACGGCUUCGUCAGCCUGUCCCCCGUGGUAGCCGGGAACGUGUUCAACCUGCUCUUUGGGCGGAUUUAUGAUGGACAUGUUCCGCAGGAUACGAGCGUGCUGACGGUGGUGAUGGAGGCGUUGAGGAAGGGCAAAGGCGGGAACGGGGGGGAUCAUCCGGCGAGCAGCCAUUUGUGUAUGGACGGCGAGGAGUGUUAUAGGCAGGUGUUUGUGGUGACGAGUGUCGGGUGUGCGGUGGCGGUGGUGUUGAGUUUGGUAUUGAUUGCGAGGCGGGCAAGGGAUGUGCCGCGGGUGGUGAGAUGGUGA